AUGAUCAAAGUCCGUGGUGAUUGGAGCCACAAAACCUUCGAUUCAAACUGGAUAGUCAUCACUGAAGUCUGCCACCGAUGGCGUGACGUCGCUCUAUCGACACCGAUUUUAUGGACGAAUGUCGCCCUCACGCGCCCCGAUGGGGUCAAGUACAUGCUAGAACUAUCGAAAACCGCACCUUUCAAUGUAUUCCUGGAGAUAUACCACAACGCAGAGAAUUUACUUCCCUGCGUUGAGCUUGCUAUGCAGCAUGUCGAUCGAGCUUCCGCUGUCCAUCUUUCUUACCGAUAUUCUGAUAAAGAAUCGGAGAGGCUCAGCAAAACCAUGGUUAUCCCGUGCAGAGUUCCAUAUCUGAAGGAACUAUGCCUCGAAGGAUCUCGAUUAGAUGUUUACCAACAGCCGUUCGCCUCUGAUCUACAAAGACACCAUGUCAACUACGCCCCCCACCUUCGCCACCUCACCCUUGAAAAGGUCUCCUUGCCGAAUAUGACAUCAUUUGUGACUCUCGAAUCCUUGACCUUCCACGGAACGCUCACCAUGUCCAUACAAGAGCUUCUCGACACUCUUCGACUACUCUGCGCUCUUCGCUCUCUAGACCUGGAACUGUUGGAAGGUAACAACGACCUUAUUACGAAACCAACUACCACCUUACACAUCCCAUCCUUGAUGAACUUUCAUUUCGCUGGAGAUAACUCCAUCUGUGCCACUCUCGUCCCGUCCAUAUCUUCGUCUCCCCAAGCAUACAUCGACAUACGAGCGGGUUCGUUCGGAACCUUCACCAAUAUUUCACGACAAUACUUCGGCCACGAUAGCAAAUUCGGUCCACCUCGUACAUUCGCAGUGUAUCGCAAUUACGGAUCCUUCCAGAUCGAAGGCUCUUCUACGAAUCACCACGUUGAAGGCAUCGUCGUACUCAAAAUGAAUCGCCGCAUCGGAAAUCGUGAUUUCAAGGGGCUCUUGUCCCAGCUGAACCUGCAUGACGUGCACCAGCUCACCAUUACGGAGCGCUGUUCGGAGUCCUCCCUGCCAUACCAAGGGGAGGAAGGAGGCACAUCACCCGUGUUGUUUGCUCUUUCAGAGUUGCCCCAGGUUGAGACCCUGGAAUUGGUUGGUUAUGGGUUGUUGAUGGCCGUCGCCAAAUUUCUUUCUCCACGAACUCUGGAUGCGCCAAGUGGAACACGGGAUGCAUCCUUCCCAUCGCUGAGACGAUUGAAGCUCAGGAGGCAAUUCUACGACAGCGAUGCGUACGAUGAAGGACGGCUGUUCGCGGAGACCGUAGAGAGCUUGGUGAAGCGGCAGGUAGAGGGCCUCGCGGAGCUGGUGGAGUUGAUCGUUCCAGGGUAUCGGGUUUUGGAGGAGAAAUUGCGCGAUUUGGAGAGUUUGAGGCGCCCAGAGGUUCAACUAGAGCUGAAAACGUAG